AUGCAUACGCCCCAUUCGCGCACUCCUUCGCGCACUGGCACGCCAACUGGCUCAGCGCCCUCCAGGUUUGCCAUGACCCCUACCCUUCGAAGCAGUCCUUCGCUUUCCAACCUCCAAGUCAACUCGAUGGCAAAGCUCAUGACAAACACAAUGUCUAAUCCCCACGCCGGCGUCGAGAGUUCUGCCUCGUCGGUCGUCAAUCUAGACAUGGGAGAGGGAAUAUUGGUUCCCGAUGCCGAUGCGGAGGUGGAUAUUAUUGAUGGAGAAGUAGGAACUGCUGUGGGCCGAUCGGGAUCGAACGCGAGCGAUGAAGCGUCAAAGAAAGCGCUGAGAGAUCAGUUGAGACAUACACUGAGCAAACGAGAGUCUCCCACAGACAUGACUCCGCGCCGCCGACAUCGUCGGCGACAAACAGACAGCGACGCUGUGGAUGAGAUAACAUGCGAGAUGGGAGACGCAUUUCCUCCUCGACAAUACUAUGUCUUAACCGAUGCCGGGAAACCAGUUUUCACAAGUCGAUCCGUUGGACACGGUUCAGACGAUUUGACAUCCACUAUCGGCAUCAUGCAGGCGCUCCUAUCCGUAUUCCUUGACGACAACGACAAGCUGCGCUGCAUCAAUGCAGGGAACACACGCAUCAACUUUCUCGUUCGCUCGCCCCUGUACUACGCGUGCGUUUCGUCUUGGGGUGAGCCUGAAUCGGUGGAUCUUCUCUACAUCGUCCUUGUUGGAAGAGGCCGUGUGAUCUCGCUCGCUCGACCUAGAAAGCACUCAAUCCAUCCUGCUGAUCUCCAGAUUCUGAUCAACACCGCCCAUUCCCCUUCAAUCGUUAAUUCAUCUGCUUCUGCUUCUUGGCUCCCUCUUUGCCUUCCAAAAUUCGACCCAGCGGGUUUUGUGAAUGCCUACAUCACGUUCUUGCAAGAACCACCGGUCAUCAACGCUCAGGAUAUCGCCUCCCAAGGUGAAAGUGAGCCUGGAGCUGUACCGGGCGACAUGAAGGACUCAGGGUUCAUUCACAAAGCGAGUGGGGCAAAUGCCAGUUCGGCGAUAGGCCUUCUUUGCGUGAGUGGGAACGGCGAUUUCGAGUCUAUCCGUAACUAUUGCAGUUCUAUCACGAAGAGGCUGGAGAGCGAAGGGACUUUGAGGGCUAUCACGAAAGCGAUUCGGGACGAGACGACAGAAUAUUCAGUGUCCGAGCUCAGCAUCCCUGGGCUUCGUCACUUUAUUUACAAAUCCCGCGCACACGUUCAAAUUACAGCGCCUAUGUACGAAGAUCCGUACGACAGCAUUGACGAACAGCGACGUUUGAUCACAUUGUAUCAGACGCUGCACGACAACAUCCAUGCUAGGUCUGGGCAAGGGGUGCCCCUGAAGCUGCAGUAUAUUCGUACUCAGAAGGAAAGUGUGAUGGGCUGGAUCACUCAGCCGUUUGAGAUGUACAUCGCCUUAUCGCAUUGGUUGCCGAAGAGCGCCGCAGUGAGUGCUGCCAAUGCUGUCGCUCGGUGGGUGAAGAAAGAAGAAGCUCGCUUGUUUCUUCGGGAUGCGCCUGUAUUUUGA